UUUUUAAUGCACAUGUUUUGCUGCUUAUUAGUAAAAAGAGAACCGGAGCUGCUUUUUUCAAACCAAAUUUGUCUGGAACAAGAGUUAUAAUAGCUUAGUUCUGGUUUUUCUUAUUACCGAUUCUGAACCGUCUUAGAACUUUACAGUGUAAGGGCCGGUGAAGAAAUUGCUGCAUAUUUCCCUUUGCACAAGCGUAUCACAAAGCUCAGUAAGAAGAAAACACAAAGUAAAAAAAACACUUCAAAAAAGUAAGGGCAGAAUCUUAAAAAAUUACAUUAUAGCUAUGAAAGCUAGAAACUAUAAUUAUGGAGGCUUAAGCCCUUCAUAAUUACAGACCACACUAAGAUAGUGGUUUGCUUUAAAAUCAAAUGGAUUUUAUAGUUCACAUUGGAUUCCUACAGCUUCUGCCAUAUCAUGCAUUUUGACCUCAAUAUUUUUCAGUUUUGUCAUUCUUCCUCCCAGUGGCAGAUCUAGAGAUUGAGUCUGGGAGGGGUAGUGGCAGUAUUUAAGUAAAACAUUAGGUUUAAAUUGAAUUUGCGCUGAUAGGUACAGUGGCUGUGAAAAAAUAUUCUUGGAUUGACGUGGAUUUUCAAUUUUGAUUGGUUUUAUUUAUUUCUUUUGUCAGAAUUUAAUUUUAAACCACAUAUUCACUUAUUUAUAAACUUUGUCCUGGAGUAUUACUCCCAUCACCUCACCCAUAUAUUGCCAGCAUUCGACACCAUAUAUUCAAAUUGUCUCUAUGAUAGCUUUGCAAAUUCUUAGCUUUGGAUGGAUGUUUUACUUGACCAUAGGAGAGGGUUAAAAAAACCAAUUACUUUUUUGCCUUGUUAAUAUCUGCUGUGUAUGUAUUUCUUAGAGUUUCCUUCUUUUAUGUAUUCUCAUAUUAUGUUUCCUUUAUAACACUUCCAAAAUAUUUGUAUUCGCUGCACGUUUUAAUUCACUUUUAAUUUCGUGUAUGUGUAGUUCAGGAUCUUAGGCUCAGGAAAUAUCAAAUAUGUCCAUUGCCGAUAAAUCUCCUUUUUUAUAAGCCAUCCAUAAAAAUAAUCCACAAAAUAUAAAAAACCUUGACAAUGCUUGACAAAUAUAAAUACGCACGUUUUUAUUCUCAGCGGUUUUCUUAGAUGAAUCUCAUCAGCGGUGAGUACACGAUUCCUACUGCGUCAUCAAAAUUCAUCGGAAACUACCGCUGGAUUUUACUGUCAGAAAAACACUCGGAUUAAAUUUGUGACAUUUGACAGAAAUAUCCAAAACAUCAUUGGAAAAUGGAAAACAUAAUAAUUUUUUGAUAAAUAACCUUAUUGUGGAAGAGUGAGUUGUUGUUAUAUACCAUCUUUAUCUAUGGUUGUUACUUGUUAAAGCAGUUGUGAAUAAACAUUAAACAAUGAUUUGCAGUGUACAAUUGGUUAAAAAAGUUAUAGAGGCAUCUUCGUCCAGCGAGGAACAAGAAAGUUCAUCGGAUGAAGAUUUACUCUUAAUCCAUCUCAUGAGAAACCAACCAAAAAAGCAUGCGAAGAUUGAAAAUUAUAUUUUGUCAGUUGUUCCACGAUACUGUGACAUGGAUUUUAAGUCACACUUUAGACUUACGAGGACUGUUGUGGAGAAGGUGUUGGAAGACCUACAACUCCAACCAAUAAAAUUAAAUAUUACAAAACCAUCGGUGUCACCGGAACACGCUUUCUUGUUGACGCUCUGGGUUCUUGCAAACCAAGAAUCAUUUAGAGGAAUAGCGGACCGAUUUGGUCUAAGUCGAGGUCAUGCCCACACGAUAUUUAUACAAACAGUGAAAAGGAUGUAUGCUGCUCGAGAUCGUUACAUAAUAUGGCCACAAAAUGCAGUAUCUUUAAGAAGAAAGAUACUAGAUUUUAACAACUUACGGGGAAACUUAUCGUUUCCUAAUGUUGUGGGCUGUGUAGAUGGGUCACACAUAUUAAUUAACGGACCAAGAGGUGAUGAUUCUUAUUAUAACCGGAAAGGGACACAUUCUAUGUUAAUUCAAGGUAUUUGCGACUCAGAAAUGUUAUUCACAGAUAUCUAUUGUGGAUGGCCAGGUUCAACUCACGACAGCAGAAUGUGGAAGGAAUCUCCCAUUUAUGAAAAACUAAAAACCAACUUAUUAGGGGAAGAGUUUCAUCUUUUAGGAGAUACAGCCUAUCCCUUAGAAACCUUUAUAAUGGUCCCAUAUAAAGAUAAUGGCCAUUUGACUAAAAAGCAAAAGAAAUUUAAUCAGAUUUUAAGCAGUACCAGAGUAGUUAUCGAGCAAGCCUUUGGCAGGUUAAAAGGGAUUUGGCGAAGACUAAAAUUUUUAAAUAUCCAAAAUCUCUCGUACUUUAAGUUUAUCAUAAUAGCCACCUGCAUGUUACAUAAUAUUUUAAUUAGAGAAAAUAUAGACCAGGUAGAAAAUCUUGAGGCAGAGGAAGAAUUUAUAGAACAAGAUAUUGAUAGUGUUCCAUUAGAAAAUAUUGUUAUUAAUGCUAGAGCUAAACAAAAGAGGGAACAGCUUACUGUGCAAUUAGAGCAUUUUUAAAAAUAUUGAUGUUUUUAUUAUUUUUUUUAAAUUUUUUAGUCAUGUCUUGUUAAAUUUUAAUGUUGGGUUUGUAUCAUAGUUACUUUUCAGCAAAUAUAAUUUUGUAAACAUUU